AUGGCAGGAGGCUGCUAUCCUGGGGCCAUGUGGGGAAAGAACAGCCAGUACAAAGGCCCCGAGGCAGGAAAGAGCAAGCUGUGUCAGGCCAGCGUGUGUGGAGAGCGACCCCAGGACGCGGUGAGGAUGCGGGUCCCCGGUGGCCGAGAACGAGCUCGCAGGCGGGCGGCGGGGUCCCCGGUGGCCGAGAACGAGCUCGCAGGCAGGCGGGCGGCGGCAGGGGGCGCUCGCUACCUUGCUACGCGCGCCUCCUCUGGGUCCGCAGGCCCGACGGAGUCCAGUCGGGGCGGAAAAGCAUUUGGGGAAGGGUCUCCCCGCUCGCCUCACGCCUUCCGUUCGGCUUCUGGCCUCCCGGGCUCCGGGGAGCGCGUGUGGUUUAUGAUGCGCCAGAGCCCCGACACACCCACCCACCCUCUCCUUGGGGCUCUUGGGCGGCGGGGAGGGAAGAUCUGCUUGCGCCCAGCCCUCUAG